UCCAAGUCCCCGGAGCCGUCGGCCGACGAAUCGCCCGACAACGAGAAGGAGGCGGCGGGCGGAGGGGACGCGGGGAAGAAGAGGAAGAGGAGGGUGCUCUUCUCCAAGGCGCAGACCUACGAGCUGGAACGCCGGUUCCGGCAGCAGCGGUACCUGUCGGCGCCGGAGCGGGAGCACCUGGCCAGCCUGAUCCGCCUGACGCCCACCCAGGUGAAGAUCUGGUUCCAGAACCACCGCUACAAGAUGAAGCGGGCCCGGGCCGAGAAAGGUAUGGAAGUGACUCCUCUCCCCUCCCCGCGGCGGGUGGCCGUGCCGGUCCUGGUGCGGGACGGCAAGCCCUGCCACACGCUCAAAGCUCAGGACUUGGCGGCCGCCACCUUCCAGACGGGCAUCCCCUUCUCCGCCUAUAGCGCCCAGUCCCUCCAGCAUAUGCAAUACAACGCCCAGUACAGCGCGGCCGGCAGCCCCCAGUACCCCACAGCGCACCACUUGGUACAGGCGCAGCAAUGGACUUGGUGAGCGCGGGCUGAGCGCACGCACACGGCCCCGCACGCACCCACACACGCAGAGAGGAGGAAAAAAUAACGAUAAAGAGACAUGGAAAGGAGGAAAAAAAAUAAGAGAGAGAGAAAGAGAGAGAGAGAGAGAGAGGAAGAGACAGACUGAUGCUCCGAAACUAAAAUCGAAACGACGGGGGAAGGAGCGGAGAGGGAAGCGCUAUUAUUAUUAUUAUUAUUAUUGCUAUUAUUAUUAUUAUUAUG